AUGGCGGCGGGCGAGCAGCAGAGCCGCGAGUACCUGGAGCGGCACGGGCUGCCCGCACUGCUGCACCGCCUCGCCGCGCUGCUGCUGUACCGCCGGCCCGAGCGGCCGCGGCAGUUCCUGCUCCAGGCGCUGGAAGCGGUGCGAGCGGCGCGGCGCGGCGAGGCGGCGAUGCCGUCCGUGCUGGACGAGGCGGAUGUGGAGGCCGUGUUCAGGAUGCUGGACGCCGCGGGGCGCGGCUUCGUCACGGGCAGGCAGUGCCGAGCAGCUCUUACGACGCUGGGGCUGAGCACCGCAGAGCUGCGCGUCGGGGAUGAGGAGGAGAUCGGGCUGGCCACGUUCAAGGAAGAAAUGUAAGUGCCGCCGCAGGGGUCCUGCAGGAGUUUCCUUGAAGGUUACCCCUCGCAAUGCAAGACCCAGGAAGGUCGACGCUGGAGCACGGACGGGCUGCUGAGCUUUCGGGAUCCCUGUAAAGCAGCCCUACCCCAUUUCCCCCCCACAAACCGGGCAGCAUCGGGCAACCCUGCAGAUCGUAGCAGCAUAGAAUGGCUCCUGAGUUCCAACCCCCCGGCACAGGCUCCAGCUCCGGUACCAGAGCAGGCUGCCCGGCGCCACAGGGAGCAAAUCGCUGCUAUAGAAACAGCGCGCUCAAGCAAAGCUGACCGUUGUAACGCGGCAGGGGCGGUCACGCAGCAAUGAAGCGAGCUCCAACUUGCGCUCAUUGCUGAUGCUCACGGCGUGCUUCGAGGGACGUUGUUUGGUAACUUACAGCCACUGCAAGAAAACAAAGCAGUUGUCCUCACUUACCUAACCGGAUGUUCUC